UCUAGAGUAGCCGUUGCCGUUGGUUAGGUGUUCUGUGUCUAGGUUGGAUAAGUUAGUUCACAACGCCACCGCAACCCAUAUUUUUGUUGCCUGUUGACUGGUACAGUUUCCCUUCUCCAAUUGGUAGUGUAUAGGUGUUCUGUGGUUAUAGAAUUUCUAGGAGGCGUUGUCCGAAGGUACAGUUACAGUUGGUUGCCUAGUAUAGGUGUUCUCUGGCCGUAGCUUGUAGUGUAUCAUUAAGAGGACCAACUUUGUUGCGGUUCAUUGUGUGCACCACCUUUGUGAGAUGUUCAAGCGAAAGCUGACCGCACUGGGAUUCAACAACACCGACAAUUUCAACAUUCAAAGCCAAGGUGAGUUUCGCAGCCUGGUAGCCUGGCUCGAGGAUCAGAAGAUACGUCACUACAAGCUUGAGGAUCGUGCAGCCUUGCGAGCACUAGACGCGCCUGGAUGGAUGCAAGCAUUUGAAACGUACCUGCAAGACUUGGGCUGCCCACACAAGAGUUCAGACACAAAAACUGUGCUAGACUGGCUUCUCGGCCUGGCUGUGCACCUGGAGUAUUCGGAUGACCCGGACAAAUACGUGAAGGCCAGCAAGGAGGCUGAUCGGGACACAGGCGCCCCUAAGAUGGUGCAUGCUAACCCUCUGGAUGACCUGGACUUUGACUGUCAAGAGUUUCGACAAGGAGUGCAAGCACUGGCACAGUAUCUUGGAGUCACUCAGCAUCCAGAUCACAUAGUUACGCUACAAGGUGUGUGUGCAUUGAUCCAGGAGCGGCUGUCGACCACUGGCCUGGAGACUGUCAAGCAACGCAGUACGCAGGGCAAACCCUAUCCUCUGAAAGAGAGCAGCCUAGGCUUCGACACUGGAGACAUUGUGCUGAACCAUGCCGCCAAGGUGCUGCGACUGCUGUACGUGCAGGACCUGCGUGACCUGCAAACACGCAUCAACGAAGCCAUUGUGGCCGUGCAGGCCAUCACCGCAAAUCCAAAGACAGACACCCGCCUGGGAAAAGUUGGGCGCUAGGCUGUUUUUUUUCUCAAAUAAGCGCUCGUAUGUGUGCAUUUCUAUUAAUGCACUCCUGGGUUUCUGUAGUGGAAUGCAUGAAACGACUAAGCACAUACAUCUUACAAGUGUUGCUUUUUUUUUUUAAGGGAGUACUAACAAUGGUUCUGCAUUUUGUUUUCACAGCUACACUCAUAUCCUCUGGUUCACAAUUGUUGAUUAUUAGCUGAUAUCUUUAUAGCACAGUUUUGCUGAGCAGAGAGAUAGGGAAGUCCUAAAAGGUUUAUAGCCCCAUAAGAAAAUGGAAUUGUAAUGUGCACAUGGGUGUUGUGUUUACAGUUCUUCAUUAUGCUGCCAAUAUUUUGGAUCAAGUAAUGCAUGUUGUUGGGCUAGUUGGUUAAUCGACAUUGAAGACAUAUCUAAACUGUGGAAAGAAGACAACAUGUUAGGCACACAGAAUAGGGACACUUGAAGCACAGACAUUGUAAGGUCUCGUAAUGAGAGCCACCCUCAGAGCAAACGAACACAGCCGACGCUGUUGAGCCCAAACUAAAAACAUUUAUUUAACUACUUUUACAUCAACGAUACCGUCAGCCACAUAAAAAAAUUGGCCCGUAUCUGCAUAUUACACUGCAAAUGUCGUCGAAAGACGAUAAUCUUGCGUCUGAAGAGAGUGAACGAAACAUUCAUUUGAUAUUCUGUGCAAGAAAAUCGGUGCAUGGUAUUCUGCAGGCGCUGCUUAGAGUGCUUCGAGCGUGCAGCGGAUGCGAACGAGCGCAUCAAGUCAGGCCACGCAUGAUACAUGAGCGCUAUCUGGCAGUUAUCUUGGAAAACGGAGUGCACGGCGUGCGCGCCCAUCUCUGAGGUGGUAAGGUGUAGAAUGCAAGGCGACGGGUAGGUGCCACCACGGUGUCGUCUUAGCAAAGCAUCGGAAACACUUGCCUUUUUGAGCAAGCAUUGCAUGGUCAGCGCAGUGUGAUAAACGCUACGGUCCUUAGAGUUACUUAUGUAUGCCUUUUCUACGUAAAAAAUACACAUACAUAACAUUGAUGUGUUUAUGUGCUUCUACGCAGGCCUGGGGUUCUUUUCUUUAGUUAGCAUUAUUCGUUCUUUAGUUAGCAUUAUAGGGCACACUUUCUCGAGCUUACAUGGCGCUAAAAACAUGAUGCGAAUCCCGUGCCUUCUCGCUACUUUUUUUUAUGUGGGAUAGACAAUGAAAAUAUGGUGUAAUAAAAAGUGAUUCUUGAUUUAA